CUAUUUUUCUUAGUUUCUGCUACAAGUGGAUGGGAAUGUAUUCGAAUGAGUUAUAAAGUUAAUGUUUUUGGUCGGAAUUACGAUUGUCAUAACCAUCGUUAAUUCGGGUCUUAGUUAAAGUCUAUAGUUCUUUAUUGUGUAAUUUAUUUAUCACAUUUAAGAUGAAUGGAAACAACAAUUCGACAGCAGCGGAACAGGUUACAGGUAACGAAACCGAAGAUUGGACUGAAACCAAAUGUUCUUUCUGCAAACAAAUAUUGGUGGAGAGUAGUGAACCCAAAUUAUUACCGUGUUUACAUAGCGCCUGUAAGGCCUGUUUAUUAAAUGAAUCUGCUUCCAGCCCUGCUCCUAACAGUUCUACAGUUCCUUCUUUAAAACCAGAUGUCUGUCCCUGUUGCAGUCAAGAAAUAAAGCAUUCUGAUGUGAUAGAUCAUCUGUUUUUGCUGGAGUGUUUAUCUCAAUCAUCUGAUAGUGUUGGAAACACAGAAGAAUCAAAAAUAUUUACUUGUACAAGUUGUGAAGAUAGUGCUUUGGCAUCUGGAUUUUGUGUAGAAUGUCAAGAAUGGUUAUGUGAAGCUUGCAUUCAAGCUCAUCAGCGUGUUCGUGUUACUAAAGAUCAUGCUAUCCGUCCAAAAGAAGAUAUGGAAGGUGAACGGACUACUGGACUUGCUCAGAAAUAUCUGUUUUGCCCUUUACACAGACAAGAACAGUUAAAACUGUAUUGUGAAUCUUGUGAUAAAGUGACAUGCAGAGAUUGUCAACUUCUUGAACAUCAAGAUCAUAGAUACCAAUUUUUGUCAAAAGCUUGCGAAGAUGAAAAGUUGUAUUUAGGAACGUUGUUAACUAAAAUUAAAGAAAAGCAAGCUUACAUUAAAAAUGCCCGUACAACUGUAAAUAAACGUCAUAAUGAAAUUACACAAAGGGAACAGCAUGUUAAUGAGGAAAUUAAAAUGUGUGCUGUCAGAUUUAUAACAGAAAUCAACAGAAGAGCAAAACAACUUUUACAUCAACUUAGUGAAGUCUGUACACAGAAGAAAACACAGUUAUCCAUGAAGAAUGAGGAACUAGUCAGUCUUUCUUUUAAAUUAGAACACUGUCUAAAAUUUACUGAAAAUGCGAUGAAACAUGGCAGUGAAAUGGCACUCGUCUACAGUAAAAAAGCAAUUACAAAUCAGCUAAGACAUGUUUUGCGUCGGCGGUGUGAAGUUCCUAAUCCACAACAUGUUGUAGAUAUUCAUUUUUCAUAUGAAUCAAAUUAUCUUACACAAUACAUCAGUCAACUUGGUUGUCUCUUUGUUGAUCGUCAACCAGUAGGAGGUAUGAUAUCUGGAAUAUUACCUAGAGGACAGCAUAUUACACAGUCACAAGGUGGACAAACUGCUGUAACUAUAAAUCAAAAUUGUUUUCCAGUUCAAUCUUCAAAUCAGACUAGUACAAGUCAGCUUAGUUCAACACCAGAGCGACAGCCACAAAAUCAACAGCAUACACUUUAUGGACAGCCACAGGUAACAUCUUCAACACAUCCCUCUCCAAUGAUUCCAGGCCAUUUGAGAAAUAUAUUACAAGCAGCACCUUUAUCAACACAGUUCAGUCGAUCAAAUGUUUCUAAUGUUGGACAGUCUCUUACGCCUGUUACAACUCAGACAUCUUUCUCCAAUCCAACUUCAACUGUACAAAAACAACUUCAAAGUAGUGUUCGUCAACCUGUUCAACAGUCUCCAGUAUAUCAACCUGUGACUUUACCUAGAAAUCCAAAUAUAACAAUAUCACCAGUCACUAUGUCACCAAAUAAACAAAAGUAA